AUGUGCAAGCCGCUGUUCGCCAACACCGCGGAUCCACGGACCUUACAGAGGAUCGUUACCGACCCGGUGAACGAGAGACUGGACCCAGAUAGCACUGUGAGCUACCCGGGAACCCUCAGAGUACCUCUGGCAACGGGAGGAGACAAGACGGUAACGGGCACGGAGCGUGCACCUGAACUGGAGUGGAAACUGUGGACCGGAGGCACCAGGCCGCUUUCAUCAGGAGACAAGGACAACAGGAUCCGGACACAUCUGCUGGGAUUUGCACUAACUCAAGGAGUCCAACCAGAACAGGAGAUCCACAGCACUUCUUGGACUUCCAUUCACCUUAAAAGAGGAACCCUCAAAGUUCUUCAGGUUCUCAGAGUGCUCAGAUGCAGCCAAGGCUGUGGCCCCUUGUGCCGUCCCGGACCCUAUCUGGCUGGACCCCAAGCGGGCCGAGGUGGCGUCCAAGAGGGCCGGGGGGGAGCUGUGGCGAGGCCGGCUGGUGCUCACGUUCAGGAAGUACGGCGGGCAGACGCUGCAGUGGCUCCUGGAGAACGACGUGGGCUGGCUGGUCUAGCUGCUCUUCGAGUUCUGCCAGAAAGGGGAGCAGAACCAGGUCCUGCAGUGGCAGAAGCAGAACCAGGUCCUGCAGUGGCAGAAGCAGAACCAGGUCCUGCAGUGGCAGAAGCAGAACCAGGUCCUGCAGUGGCAGAAGCAGAAGGCGGUCCUUCAGUGGCAGAAGCAGCGCAUGCUGGAGUACGCCAGAGAGUUCCCUGCUGUCACCUGCACCUGGACAGAAGACUAGAGUUACAACAGUCAAAAGCUCAACGGGCAGAGUCUGUGGUCUCCCAGUUUGAGCAGGAUCCCAACUAUGCCAGCGAUGCAGAGCUGUUGGCUGCCACAGAGAACAUCCUGGAGGAGUCUGAGGCUGCGGUGUGCACCCAGCUCACCACCUGUGUGGAGCUCACUCCAGCUGGGAGUCAGGACACUGAGCCCAGACCCUCAUCCCCGGAGGAGAGCUCUGCUGCCUCAGAGCCUGGUGGGGUUGUGCUGGAGGGCUGGCAGAAGUUUUGGGAGCAGCCCCCUGCCUCUGCCAAAGCACCGGGCAUUGCCACUCCCAACAUCGGGUGGCUGAAGGGCAGCGAGAUGCACGGCCUCUUCACGAGGGCCUCCAGCUACAAGAGCGUGAGAGGGGAGACCGUGGAGAGGAGGCUCUUGAAGGAGCAGAUGGAGUUCCACCCUCCACCACCUCCGUCGUCUGUCAGGGGGGCGCUGCCCAACAUGCUGGCCUUCUUCGCCACCCCUAAGAGAAAAGAGUGA